AUGCUAAACGACCAAUUGGUGUGGUUUCAAGACAUCGGUUUUGGGAGGAGCGACAUACAAUUAUUCAGUGGAAGAUGGCUUGCCUCUAAUGACUCCACGCGAGGAGAACCCUGGGAAGCACAAACUCCAGAAACGAAGCAGCUCUUCCACGUCUUCGUGAGUCUCGGCAGACGUGGCUCCUUCAUAGGGAACACCAGAAUGUUUGAGUUUGUGAUGAUGGUGUACUCUGCGAAACGUAAUGGCUUUGAAGUCACAUAUUUUACAGUGCUUUCUCGCUUUAGCCCAAUGUAAACGUACAUGAUCUAGAAGGCCACUCUUUCCGCGACGUGCUUUCCAUGUUAGCAUUGCCGUGCACCUCAACAAUGGCAGGUUCGAAGAUCGCAAUGUUAAAUGUCGAAACAUUUGAGAGACUUCCUGCGAGAUGAAAGUGACUGUUCUGUGGUGUGAAAUGAAUUAAAAUACGUAUGAUACCAUACCUCCGAUUCAUCUUUACUUGAAAUAAGAUUUUAUUCGUGAAAGAGGCCCAAAAAGAGUAUGAAAGCUAUUACGUUCUUUCGAAUAUUCUCUUACACCGCAACAGCGCAAAGCGUGAAGUUCGGAAUAGCAAGAAAGCAAACAAACCGGCAUGUGACACUGUAUCUUACUUCCUCCUCCUUUCGUCAAACAAGAGGAGCUUUCUGA